AUGGAGCGUACAUAUGAGACGGAGGUGAAGCUGAACGUGGAACACCCUGAACCCAAGCCCCAGGACAGGGGCAAGUGGGGCAGCAAAAUUGAGUUUUUCUUGGCAGUAGCUGGACACAUUGUCGGUCUGGGAAACGUAUGGAGGUUCCCAUACCUGUGCUAUAAAAAUGGAGGAGGUGAGCAUCACACCACAUCUUUAUGUGGUUAUAUAAAUUUAAACACACGUAGUAAUGAAAUUGCUCAUAUAUAAGUGUUUUAUUUUGAUUUAUUCAUAUAAGGCUAAGCUGUUACAUAAUGAAACUUAUUCUGCUGUAAAUUCGAAAAAUUGUAUUUACUUAAAAGGGGCAAUCUGGGUUUGGUACAUCCAUAUUUUUCCAUAUUCCAUAUAUUUAAUUUAAGGAUAUAUAGCCAUUGAUUCUUGAAGAAUAUAACUUUUAAGUGCUCAUGAGCUUAGUUCAACUGUGCUCAUGAGCUUAGCCCCCUGUGUAGCUCAGUUGGUAGAGCAUGGCGCUUGCAACGCCAGGGUUGUGGGUUUGUUUCCCACGGGGGGCCAGUAUGAAAAUGUAUACACUCACUAACUGUAAGUCUCUCUGAAUACGAGCAUCUGCUAAAUGACUAAAAAUGUAAAACUGUCUGUAACCCAUCAACCCUAACUUACAAACUCUCUCCACAGAUGCUUUACUAGCAUGUGACUUUUGUGGUGCUUUGUAAUAUAAGACUAAGUAUAAGUUUACAAUUUCCCUGACUUUGACAGUGGUUCAAAAUGCAUAGUCAAUUUCAGUGUUUCAUGCAAAUUACUUAUUAAUCAUUGCUCCAAAAGGGGUUUUCUUUGUCCCCUAUAUUCUGUUCCUGUUCACCUGCGGUGUUCCCCUCUUCUUCCUGGAGACAUCGAUGGGCCAGUACACUAGUCAGGGUGGAAUCACUUGCUGGAGGAAAAUCUGCCCACUCUUUGAAGUUAAGUCUUAAGGAUUGGGUAAUUUUACCUAAACUUUCUCUUUACCAUUGGCAGCAUAGCUCUAGACUAUAUAAAGCUGUCAGUUAACAACAUUUGUAUGAAGUAGCCUGUUUAUUGAUGCCAACAAGAUAGUGCUAAUAUGGCUAUACUGGUAAUAUGAACCUUUUGUCAAGGUUGAGGACAUUUCCAUUUCAAUUCAGUCAAUUCAGGAAGCAAUUAUCCUCAAUUCAGUAAGUAUUUCCUCAUUGAUAAGCCCCAUACCAGACCCCAAAUUCUUUACGUUUUCUAUGUUGUCGUUUUAUGAUGUUGACCUCUCUCAAUAGGCCUGGGCUAUGGAAGCCAAGUGGUAGUUUUGUACACUGGAGUGUAUUACAUCAUCAUUCUGGCUUGGGCGUUCCUAUACCUCUUCUCUUCCUUCAGCUCAGAACUCCCAUGGGCCAGUUGUAAAAAUAGUUGGAACACAGGUAUUUUAUUUUAUAUUAUAUGUUAUGCUUGUCAAUAAUUUAUGGUUGUUGUCAACCACUAACUAAUCAUAACAUUAUUGACAGCUUUUUUAAGUUAAAUACAUUGCACAGACAAUGUAUUGCUGAAAGUUUAUAGCUGGAAGUUAAUGCACCUCAAAUGUACAUAAGCCAUACAUUACCCAACCCCAUCCAUAUGAUUUAAUUGUUUUGUAAUAUCAAUUGUUUUCUCUCACUAUAAGACAACUGUUUUGAGCAUGGCCAGAACAGCACAUUCUCUGACCACUCUCAUGGGAACACUACAUCCUCAGUCAUUGAAUUUUGGGAGUAAGUGACUUGACAAUGUACAUGUAUUUAAAAAACAAACAUUUUUAUUAUGUAUGAAUGCAUUUUUUUUUAACACAGUUCGGGUGAAUAUUACUAAAUGUGCUUUUACACUCAGGAGAAGAAUAUUGGGCUUGUCUGGGGGAAUUGAAGAAAUUGGGAAUAUUCGCUGGGACCUAUCUCUGUGUCUUCUACUGUCCUGGAUUAUCUGUUACUUCUGUGUCUGGAAAGGAGUGAAGUCUACUGGAAAGGUAAGGUGGGAUCUCUGCCAUUCAGCCUGAUGACCUCAUGAAUACUGUAGAGUUGUUAGGAUGAGCCAUAGACUGAGUGAAUGUAAUGCUGGACUGGUCCCCCCUCCCCUCAGGUGGUCUAUUUCACUGCCACCUUCCCCUAUGUGAUGCUGGUGGUGUUGCUAGUUCGUGGACUCACACUGCCGGGGGCCAUAGAUGGUAUCAAAUACUACCUCUACCCAGACCCAGCCCGCCUCGCUGACCCACAGGUAGGAACACACUUCAUUGUGUCCAAAACUGAGAUCCAUCCCACAGAUGCAAAUAUACUUUCUAAAACAGUCACUUUCUACCACAGUUAACAGUUAUUUUGACAUAUUGUUUCAGGUAUGGAUGGAUGCUGGAAGCCAGAUAUUUUACUCCUAUGGAGUUUGUACAGGGGUUUUGACAACUUUAGGCAGCUACAACAAGUACAACAACAACUGCUACAGGUACUUUAAACCCGCUAUUAAUCUCAGCACACCUUGUAAAUAACAGAUCUUGAUCAUGAUUCAUGACAUUGUAUUGAGAAGACCUAUUUUGUUGUGUGAGUUUAAGGCUGACUAAUGUAUUUUUAAUUUCAGGGACUGUGUGUAUCUUUGUCUACUAAACAGUGUGACUAGCUUUGUGGCUGGUUUUGCCAUCUUCUCUGUACUGGGCUUCAUGGCUUAUGAACAGGGCAUGGACAUCUCAAUGGUGGCUGAAUCAGGUAGGUAAUGCUCCACAUGUACCUUCAAACCCUCUGAGGGAUAUAAUGUGAACACAAUGCUUUAUGUACCACUUACAGGUCCUGGCCUGGCGUUCAUCGCCUACCCUCGUGCUGUGGCCAUGAUGCCAGUACCCCAACUCUGGGCCAUCUUCUUCUUCAUCAUGAUCAUCCUACUGGGGUUAGACAGUGAG